AUGGUCAAAGAUGCUACCGUCGAGGAAAUAAAAAAAGAGAACUCGACGAUCCUGGCAGUAAUCAGGGCAGUAGAUGACUACAGCAACGGAGGCGUUUUGAACCUCUGCAGGAGAUACGACCCGGACGGUCGAAGAACAAUAGCGGCCAUAACUCAUCCAGAUGUCGGAAACAGCCGGAACCUCUACGUGGAUCUCCUUUGCAAUGGCCAAAUUCCGGACGAGUUGAAGGAGUUGAAGAUCCAGUGGCAUGUGUUAAAGAAUGAUCCAGAAGGGGAGCAGCACAGCAGGGACGAACUUGAGCAAAAAUGGUUUGAAAAUAAUGCCAAAUGGAAGCAUGUUCCUUCGCAGUUUCGAGGUGCGAAAAGGCUUGGUGAGCGGCUUCGUAAGGUUCUAUUCAGCGUGGCCAAGAGCCAACUCCCACAUAUCCGGGAUAAUAUCAAAUCGAGGACGAGAGAAUUGAAGAUGGACAUCGACGCGCUAGGGUGCGAGGUCUUUGAGGAUAAAGAACUCAGAGCGAGGUUUCAAGCGGCAGUAGAGCGGUUGAAAUACAAUGCAAGAGAUCAUGCUCGCGGCAUCUGGAACUCUGAUAUCCUCCAAUUCCCUGAGACGGAUCCUAUUAGAUUACGUUCCCGAAUAGUGGGAGACACCGAGGUCUUCCGUGACCGGCUGAUGAAAUUCGGUCAUACAUGGAACUGCUGCGUCUUGGUCUCUCCCCCGGAUCCAAAUCACGACUUACAGUCAUGGCAUCAGCCAAAGCUGCAGAUUGAUGGACUUACACAGAGAACAUUCAGGAGUGAAGAUGAAGAAAUCGACUAUGUCGCAUAUAUCAUCCGGAACACACGAGGCCAGGAACUGCCGGGAGAUUAUCGUCAUGGCGUGAUCAGUGAAGUCUUUUGGAAUCUGUCCCGAAACUGGAAGGUGAUAGCGGAGCAAUAUGUGGAAGAAGUUUAUGACCAUUGCUGUCGCUACUUCCACCAAGCCGUGCCACUAUCCUUCGCUAAACCUGCGAAAUCAUCCGGCUUUGGUAAUUCGAAGCGAGUUGCAGGUCGAUAUAUGGAAUUACUCGUUCCUCGGAUCGAUAAUGUUAAGAUCGUAGCUUUGGAAGGGCUUAGUACUCUGGAGGAAGAGCGUAAAUGUCACCCUGUGAAUUUCAUCAGACGAUUUGAAAGCGAGCGGCGCAGAUACAGAGAAAACGCACGAGCGGCGAAUGCGAGGGCAGCACUAAAUAAGAUCCCUGAUAGCACCGACGACGAUCGCUGUCAUGAUGGAAGUACAUAUGCCGAAGAUAUCGGGAUUCAUACCCAAGAGCAGUGUAUCCGAAAUACUGCUAGAGACUACGCCAUUGCCGCCUGGAUUCAUUAUGAUAACUUCUUAAUGAAUGUAAUAACUCAAGUCGUUGGACGCCAUUUCACGGAUCACAUCGAGGAAAUCGUCCCGGAGGCAAAUUUAGAACUCAAAGAUUUGAAGCGUCUUGUGCGGGCUGAAGCCCAUGUUGAGAGGCAAAAGAAUAAGCUGGAACAAGAGCUGGACAUACUGCAAAGAAGCCUCCAUGUUCUGCUGACCUCCUAA